GGAAGUGUGACAUUGGAGAGUUUUCUAGCAAUGGUUUAAUGCCUUGCAAUAUUUGUCCAAGGGGCACAUAUAGUAGUGUGAAAAUGUCAAAAACUUGUGAACCUUGCCCUUGUGGAAAAACAUCAAAUCCAAAAAGCGACUCCGUGAAAAAGUGUACAGACUUUGAUAUUACUUUUGUAAAAAAGGAGGAUGCCAUUCUCUUCAAUGGUAGUCAGCCCUUGGAAUCCAGAAAUAUUACACUUUUCACAUGGAUUAAGAAUGACAAAUCUAACUUGGUGUUGCUGCAAGGAAAGUCGAGUUCUUCUGAUAUGAAGAUUACAUACGGGGAAACAGUCCUAGUGGAAAUCAAUGGAUGCAAAUUGAAUUUGAAUAUUACGAGAGAAAUCCAAAACUGGCAUCAUGUAGCAAUUAUUAUGAGCACAGAAAUAAACACGAUAAGUGUCUUUAUAAAUGGAAUAAUGGAUUCUCAAAAAAGUCUUCCCUGCCAUAUAAAUGCCAGUUUGAUCGAACCCGACUUCAGAUUUGCUGUUGUACUUGAUGAAGACCCAUCAACAGAAAUCUCGAUAUCUGGGUAUCAGAUUACUCCAAAUGUUCCUUCUGGUGACGAAAUCUUUCGACAUUCAUCGUCAUGUAGUUACAUCGGGAAUGAUACAUAUGUUACAUUGAGUAACAUUGACUGGACAUCGUUUGAUAGCUCACACAUUAAAACACCAAGCCAAUGUGACAAUGUAAAUCAGUGUAUGCCAAAUCCAUGUAACGGCCACCGCUGCAUAGACUUGGUUAGAAACUACAGAUGCCACUGUACCAAUGGAUUCACUGGUGAAACUUGUGAGAUUCCCCCCGACUACUGUAGCGCAGCGCCGUGCAAAAACGGUGGUGUUUGUCAGAAUGGAAAAAACACUCAUAUAUGUACAUGUUCGAAAGAGUUCAAAGGGAUAAAUUGUGAAAUUCCUAUCGUGAACGGUGGUUGGAGUGCAUGGGGUGAUUUUUCUGACUGCUCAGUAUCAUGCAAUGGAGGCAUUAAGACGAGAUCUCGUGUUUGCAAUAAUCCAUUUCCGGAUCCUGAAGGUCUUCAAUGUGACUCUUCAUUGUCAUCGGAAAGUUUACCAUGUAACACAAAGUCAUGUCCAACUUGUCCGGAACUUCAACUCUCCUUUGGUAACGUAAUGAACUGUUCGGAUAUUAGUGGAGAUAAAGUUUGUUCAGUGUCUUGUGUAGCAGGAUAUACGUUUGUACCAGAAAAUCUUCCUCUCAAAGAGUAUCAAUGUGGACAAAGUACUGGUUAUACUUGGAAUGGCCUUACACCUGCUUGUGGGAAAGCGAUGAUACCGAAUAAAUUAUCUUCAGUAACUGCCAUUGAGUACAACUCUUCAAUUCCAUGUACAGACUCUUCCUUAGCCAUAGAAACUCUUCAUAAAAACUUAGAAUCAACAUUGUCCUGCUAUAAACAUGGGAUAUGUGAACUAACAACUUCAAUAGACGAAUGUGAAAACAAAAACGAAGCAGGUUCUUUAAAAAUAACUUUGAAUGCAAUACUUCCUGCUGUGGACUUGGAUUUGUUACAUUACUUGACAACAGGAAUGUUGAACAAAGGUUUGAAACUCUUGGUAAAUACACUGGUAGACCUAGAAAACUCUACCAAAAAAAUAAAUGAUUCAAACGAAAUCCUUUCCUUCGACAUGGGCGGGGUUAAAUAUUCACCUUCAAGGAAACAGGCUACAGGAAUUGUUGUGUGUGGAGUCGGACAAGGAAGUGAUGGCCCUAUUUGCAUUGAUUGUCCAAUGGGCACGUAUUCAACGGCUGGGAAAUGUCUUCAAUGCCCAAAAGGAACUUAUCAGAGUGAAAUUGGACGAACUCAGUGCAUUAUUUGUCCUUCUGGUUUAGGUACAAAAUUUGUAGGAUCUCAGGAUGUCUCCAAAUGUACUGAAGUGACAAACGGUACCUCGAACUCUUUUGAGGAAGACCAAGGAAGUAGCACUUUGGAAGUUACAGAAGCUGUGAUUAUUGCACUCUCUGUGACGACGAUUGUAACGGUCCUCCUGAUUGUGCUGAGUGUAAUUUUUCGGCGUUAUUGUCGCAAACGAGAGAACGAGAAGCCAGAUGAGGCUUAUAUGAGGAAAAUAUCUAUCUUAAGUACUGGAAACAUGCAGACUCUUCAAAAACCUAAACGUGAAUGGGAAGAACGCAAGGGCAAUAUUUACGUCAGUAUGCCACCAAAGAAAUUUCGUGCUUAGAAUAUUUUAUAAUGAAUUUUGAAAAUCUUACAUUUAAUGAUUUUCUACCAGAAACAAACAAACUGAAUGUAAGA